AUGGUACAAGAUACCUCUGGUUUUGGUCUUUUUCCGUCCGAUAGACAUCGUAUACUGUGGAAUUCCAUCUUCGAGAAUGAUACAUGGCUUCAACAAAUGAUUCAGAUAGGGGGCAAUCCUUUUCUUUUCGGCCCGGAACUCGACAAAGUCGCGUUGCCGGAAGAAAGCCGGAAACAAAACUAUAUGACAAUUCAUUGCGGCGACAAAACCACUGAAUGUGAUUAUGACUUUGGGACGUUUCUGAACUGCUUACGCCGUCCAUAUGAUAAUUCUGGCAAGGGGGAGAUCAUGCUCAACAGAGGAAUCAUACUUAAUGUAUCUGAAAUUGAAUCUCCAGAAGAUCCCUUGCAACUGGAUAAUGAAUGGUUGAUACGACUCUUUCCCAAAGGCGACACUCAGGCUCUUCCACAGUACUCCUUUUAUAAGAGCAACCGAAUCUAUACACUGCUCCCAUUCUAUAUAACUGCUGUAGGUGGGCCACCAUAUAAUACAGAUAUUCUUAAAUAUGGUUAUGCUAUCACUAUUCCUCACGGCAAAGAAACAUGGCAUGUGAUUUUUCAGAGUAGCCAGAACAAGCACGAAGUGGAAUUUGACUGUGAAACGUCAGGCCGGCUCCUCUGGAUGAAAGUAAAGCAGGCUCCUCUGGGAUGA